UCCGGCGCGCGUGCGCAGCGCGGGUCGCACCGUGACUAAGAUGGAGGCCGGGGGAACGCGGGCACCGCCGCCGUUCUGGGCCGGGGGCCCGGCUCCGGGGCAGGCCUACAGCCCCGGCGGGCCCGGGCCCAUCGCAGGCCUCCAGCCCCUCACCCAGACCACGACCCCCAUGGUGACGGGCACCUCGGUGCUGGGCGUGAAGUUCGACGGCGGCGUGAUGCUCGCCGCGGACAUGAUGGGCUCCUACGGCUCCCUCGCCCGCUUCCGCAACAUCUCCCGGCUGCUGAAGGUGAACGACAGCACCGUGCUGGGGGCCUCCGGGGACUACGCCGACUUCCAGUACCUCGCGCAGAUCAUCGACCAGAUGGUAAUUGACGAGGAGCUGCUGGGAGAUGGUCACAGCUACAGCCCCAAAGCCAUUCAUUCCUGGCUGACGAGAGUCAUGUACAACCGGAGGUCCAAGAUAAAUCCCCUGUGGAACACGGUUGUCAUCGGAGGCUACUACAAUGGUGAGAGCUUCCUAGGUUACGUGGACAUGCUUGGCGUGGCCUACGAAGCCCCUACGCUUGCUACGGGUUACGGAGCAUUCCUAGCUCAGCCACUGAUGAGAGAAGUCUUGGAGAAGAAACCCACCCUAACAAAGGAGGAAGCCCGGAGCUUGAUUGAGCGUUGUAUGAAAAUUUUGUAUUACCGAGACGCUCGAUCAUUCAACAGAUAUGAAAUUGCUACUGCAACAGAGAAAGGAGUGGAGGUGGAAGGACCCCUGACCCUGGAAGCCAACUGGGACAUAGCAAAUCUUGUCAGUGGUUUUGAAUGACCCCCCCUCAAGAGCUACUUCAGGCUGCUGUGUCCAUGUUAUCGUCCUCCAUCUGUGCUGUAAAUCAGCUACUCCUUUUGAACUUCUGAUUUCUUUGGGAAAUUAAAUAAACCUGUUAAGACAA